AUGGGACGUCCUAAAUUUGAUCUAGAGCCGUACAAGGCUAAAAUUAGUGAUUUAUUCCAUCAGAAUCAAUCUACAAGUGAUAUUGCUUCCUAUAUCGAAGCAACAUACCGUGUACGAGUCCGUGAGCGUACAAUCAAGGAUCGGUUGAGUGUUUGGGGAGUUAGUAAGUGUGAUUGUACGGCUACUACUGAUUCUUCUCUACACAGCCGGAUCAAGGAGUUGUUCUUUGAGAGGUGCCUCUCUGAUGCAGAGAUUUUAUUCUCUGCACGAACACUUCGACGCAUCUGUACGGAGCAAGGCCUCGUCCGACGAACAGAUGAUUCUAGCUACGGACGAGAGCUUUUAUUUGCUUAUAUGCGUGGUGAACGUCUUAUUAUUCCAAGAUAUCGGCUAUAUAAUAUCUACCGUAUGAUUGCACCUGAGGCUAUACAACAACGGAAGAAUGACAUGCAGCGAAGUCGUGGCUCAUAUGUAGUCCCUGGACCAGAUCAUAUCUGGUCCGUGGACGGUUAUAUGAAGCUAGAUCCUGUUGUACGGCAAUAUCUUGACACUGUACAUGAACGGAAGAUUAUCUGCAAUAAGAUCCGUUCAGACUAUGGAUCGGAGACAUCUUUGCUUGCUAAAGCCCACUGCUAUCUUCGAAGAGCGUACGAGCCAGAGAUUGAGGUAACACGGUGUUAUAUCUUUGGAUCCAGUACUGUAAAUCAGAGAAUUGAGGCUUGGUGGGCACAGCUAAGUAAAUCAUUACUUUUUCGAUAUCGCGUCUUGAUUGAAGUAGGAGACUUCUCUAAAGAUAUGAUUCCAGAUCAGAUUACUUUGUACGCAGUCUACAUGCCUAUUCUUCGGACGCAGGUCUCGUCGUACGUACACACCUGGAACCAACACAGCAUCCGUAAGCAACGAGAGAGGCCACAUGUUAUUUCUGGUCGACCGUUCAUGAACUAUUAUCAUCCAGAACAUACAAUUAACCAUGGUCUUCUUGUACAUGAAGAGUCUCUCCAGCAGCUAAGGAACUCCGUACAAGGCUGGGAUAUGACUGAAUAUCUACCUGCAGAGACUUUGGAAUGGUGUCAGGGGAUCCUGCUGGGGCUGGGCUUUGACCCUGAAAAGCCACCACCAGUACAUCCGGAUGAAGCGGAAGCCCCUUUUCAUACAAUCUACCUUGGCUUACGGGAGCGGGUGAUAACACAUAUAAGAUCAGGCGCCAAGCCUGACCUGACACUAUCCGAGGCGCCAACCGGGGCCUUUGAUUGGAUUGAACAACAGGGAUCAGAGUAG